GUCGUUGUACGGUUUGGUCGGUUCUAGGUUGAGAGGAGUUGGGUGCGUUAAACUGCACGAAUUGCUUGUACGUUCAUUGCGGGGUGCUCCGUGCGUGGGAAAUUGCGUCAAGAAGUGAUCCACUCGGGGCGAGUAGGCCGCGCAGCGUGCGGACUAGAUAAGUUCGCGUACACACAAAUUCGCGGCAAUUGCAGAUUUAAGAUCGAAAGUGAAUUGUUGAUAUUGAGAGUUUGUGAGGUGCCGCCAAGUGCCAUUGCAGUGACUGUUUUAUUUCUAGCGCUUGGAUCAGAUUUGGACGCAGGAAAAGCAAGAAAUUUUCUAAAUUUAAAUCGGAAUUGGUGCGACCAGACGACUGUGGAUUAUCUCGCCAACUACCUGAUUUCGCUGCGCAUGCAGUAGGAGACAAGUCCGCCAACAACAAUAGUGCCAACAAUUAAGGGGAAAUAGUAUCCAGUGUCAGAUCAAUCAACAUAAUAAUCGCCGAUCAUUAAAGCCAUAUCUCGGUGCCAUGUGCCUCUAUUCUGCCUGUACUUCCAUCAUGCAACUAUCACGUUAAUGCAAUCCCUAGUCUUUUGCUGAAAGUUCUUUUAUGCAAUCGUGUACAUGUGCGGUUUAAGCGGCACCAGAGGAUAGAUUAAAUCGCCGGUAGUCUAUCAAGUGAUCUCAGCAGAAAUCUAGCAUAUCUACGAUAGUUCCGCUUCUAAUUGAAUAGUGAGGCAAAGGAGAUCCAGUGAUCGUGCGCAAAAGUGUUUGAGAAAAGUAAAAAGAUUGCGACAUCUUAAGUACAUCGAACUGGAGAAAGAUAUAGAUUCCUGGGUUCAAGUGUUUUCAUGUGUUUCUUGUGUUUCCCUGUAGAAAAAUAUCUUGAAAAUUCAUACAGAAGUUCCUUGACGUUCUUCUUACCCAGUAAAUGCAAGAUCUCUGUUUAGUUCAGCAAAAUUAGAAGAUAUCGUACAUAGUUCAGAUAUCUUACUUGUCUUAGGCCUUCAACUCCAUCGAGAUUAAGUGGCUAGACAUUACAUUACACAGUAUUUCGCUGAUGCAUGUAAUAAGCCAGAAGUCCGGCUUCAGCAGAUAGAUUCGCAAACAUCUAGCUUGCGAAUCCUAAUUACAACUUUAAAAUUAACCAGAUAUUCAACGGAAUUCAGAACACCGACACAAUGGAUGGCGGAUAUAUAAAUGAAGACGAUUCGGAUUCAAUAAUGGAAGGUGGUCAACUGAAGACGAAAAACGGUCAAAAGUAUGUGGUGAAUCAGCAGCCUGAAGGUGUUUUUGUAUCGAGAACAUGCGGAAUUUUAACAGGAAUCAUUGCACUCUGUGUGCUUAUUAUUGCGAUUCUGCUAACUUACUUUUUGUCGUCAUCAGGAGAAAGCUGCAGCUUGAGUAGAUCAACAUUGAACCAAACUAACACAGCUGGGUUAUUUGGGUCAAUAUUUACCACGGAUUCUACCAAUGGAAUUUAUCAAGAUGAGGCAUAUAAACUGCAUAAUAAAGAGAUCAAACUGCAUGAAGGAUGGAGUCCGGAAAUGUACAAGCUGAUUAUUGAACCGAAUAUUGAAAAGUCAACAGCCAACGGAAGUGUUUCAAUAAAUAUCGUUAAGGAUCAACAUAUCGAAGGAAUUCCACCGAUUAUUCUUGAUGUCCAUAAUGUAACAGUGGAAGAUGUCAGCGUUACUAAUAAUAAUGACAAAGACGCAACACCCCUCAAAAUAACUACUUCAUACGGAGAUUUUAAUGAUAGCUUCAUCAUUAAAAUCGGCUCAAAGUUGGACGAUGUUCAACACGUAAAUUUAACAGUUAACUUGAAAUUCAGAAGCGAGCUAUCAAGUACGCUACAAGGAUUCUAUAAAACAUCUUACGAAGAUGCUGCCACAGGAAAACCAAUAUGGGUUGCUAGUACACAAUUCUCACCAAUUGAUGCUCGCCGAGCUUUUCCCUGUAUUGAUCGGCCAGAUAAAAAAGCUAAAUUUGAUAUAAGCCUCGUUCGCAAUAUUGAAAAUACAAUGGGACUAUCAAACAUGCCUAAUGCCAUUACUUCAUUCUAUCGGCCUGGAUAUGUGAUAGAUAAAUUCGAAACUUCCCCAGAAAUGUCUACCUAUCUUGUGGCAUUUAUUGUGUCUAAUAUGGUAAGCUCCAACUACUCAGAAAUAGACAAACGCUAUGCGCCACGUGUUGAAAUAUGGACUCGACCUGAAGUCACUGAUAUGACAAAAUAUGCCUACACAGUCACUCGCAAAGUUCUUCCAUUUUUCGAGAACUAUUUCGGUAUUCCGUUCAAACUACCAAAAAUCGAUAUGGUCGCUGUCCCCGAUUUCGGAUUUAGUGCAAUGGAAAAUUGGGGCCUGAUAACAUUCAGAGAUUCUGCCCUACUUGUACCUGAAGGCGAAGCACAGAGCUCAUCUGCUUCACACAAGGAAUAUGUAUCAUCAAUUAUUGCUCAUGAGUUGGCCCAUCAGUGGUUUGGAAAUUUGGUAACACCGAAAUGGUGGGAUGAUUUGUGGUUGAAAGAAGGAUUCGCAACCUAUAUGAGUUACUUAGCUAUCAACAAUUUCGAACCUGAAUGGAAGCUUUUGGAGACGUUCACCAUUCGGGAAUUCAACCAGGCAAUGUCCAAAGAUUCGGAUAAAAGUUCGCAUCCGAUUUCAUUCCCAGUGACUUCAGCAAUAGAUAUUCGGAGAAUAUUUGAUCCAAUUUCAUAUGCUAAAGGUGCCAUACUACUCCGCAUGCUGAACUCUUUCUUAGGCGAUGAUGCUUUCGUUGGCGCUAUCAAAGAGUAUCUAAGACGAUUCGAAUAUUCUAAUGCUAUCCAAGAUGAUCUGUGGAAAGUGAUGACUGAACAUGGAUUGAAAUAUAAAACUUUACCGGAAAAUAUGACUAUAAAGGAAAUCAUGGACUCGUGGAUUUUGCAACCUAGUUAUCCAGUUGUUUUUGUUAAGAAGUUGGGAAAUGGCAUAGAGGUCAAUCAGGAGCGAUAUCUAUUACCACAUAAAGACAUCGAGGAUGAGACAUUGUGGAAUAUUCCUAUCACAUACCAAAUAGAUGGAGAUGAAGCUUCAGAGAAUAUUUACUGGUUGCAGAAUAAAAGUGCUAAGAUUCCUCUUAUUUUCGACAGUAGUCCUGAUAGCAGAGUUGUUGUUAAUGUAAAUCGUAAUGGCUACUAUCGUGUCAACUAUGACUAUUCACUUUGGAUCGCUCUAAAGAAAAAUUUCAAACUUCUUCCUGAUAUCACAAAGGCACAGCUAUUAGACGAUUCAUUACAUCUAGCUAGAGCUGAGUACCUAACAUAUGAUAUUCCCCUUACAUUUUUGUUAGAAAUGCGUGGACAUGUUGAAAAUCAUUUGCUUUGGGCCGCUGGUUAUAACGGUCUUCAAUAUAUUAACGACAUGUUGAAUAGGGAACCUGCAUAUGAAUCAUUUAGGGCAUACAUGAAAUUUAUUGUGCGACCAGCUUUUGAUCAUUACACAUUGGAUGAACCGGACAGUGGUGACGAAUUAACUCUUACACAUCACUCGAGAGUUGUGGAAUUGGCCUGCAAUUACAAUUACGACCGGUGCACGAAUGCGGCUCAAUUGAAAUAUCGUGAAUGGAUGAGGGAUCCGAAAAACAACCCAAUUAAACCCAACUUCAAACAGACCAUAUACUGCGUUGCACUUCGAGAAGGCUCCUUCCAGGAAUGGUACUUUGCCUACAGUCGCUACAAGGACACAAUGAGCGCUUCAGAGAAAGAGCAAAUCCUCUCAUCACUGGGCUGCACCAUUAGACCGUGGUUGCUAUCAAAAUAUCUGAACAUGACCAUUGAUCCAGAGUCUGGAAUUCGUAAACAAGACGGAGCCCGAGCAUUUUUAGCGGUUGCAAGAAACAGCAUUGGAUACGAGAUAGCAUUCGACUUUCUAAUGACAAACAUAAAGGAAAUUAGUGAAUAUUUCGGUGAUGGUUUCUCGACGUUAUCAAAGAUGGUUGAUGCUUUAACAACAUUCAUGAAUAAGGAGUACCACCGAGAACAAUUCGAAAAGUUUGCGUUAAAAGCAAGGAAACUAGGCUUAGGUGCCAUCGAACGCUCGAUAUUUUUAGCAAACGAACAAGUGAAGAAUAAUAUAUAUUGGCGGUCACGUUCCUAUUACAGUCUUAAGGGAUUCUUAGAAGACUUCAUAAAUGAGUUCCAUGUUAAUCUUUAUUAAAUCACUAAAGAGUUAGUUUUAAAGAGAAUCCACCCACUAUUCAUUAUUACGAAAGCAUUAGACAUUAAAAGAAAGGAAAAGUGUACUACAUUUGCAAUGUUGCCAUUAAUAAUAUUUUUUUAAAAGUUUUAGUGUAGUUUUUUGCUCAUCCGGUUUAGAAAUUUAAAAAAGAAAACAAUUUAAUUUCAUAUAUGAUAUUAUUUCACAUGUCCUGCGAACCAGAAAGGGAUUUUCGAACUGCCACACAACCAAGUUAACAAUGAAACUGCCAGAUUUCCCUUUCUACAGAAACUGUUCACCCUUACAUAUCUGCAGCGCACAAACAAAAAUAAAGAUAAAUAGCUUCAGAGAAAAAUGGGAAAACCUCCGAAAGAAAUCUUCAAGAUAAAUCCUGAUUAUCAUUGUUUUGUUUUAAUUGUUUAUUAUUCUGAAUCAUUGCAAGUGUAGUAUCAGUGACCGACGAAAACGAAUAGGUUUUAUCAACUGCAUAGUUAUUUACCAUUUCUACAGCGACAUAUAUACGUCUACCAGUAUCUUUAUUACAUGUUGGAUAUAAGUUGUAAAAAAUAAUAUUUGAUAAUCUUGAUUUUAAAAUACAUUGUAUAAUAUUUAUAUAUGUAAACGGUUAUACAAUUGAAAUGAAUGAAAACGAUGAAAGGCUGUAUUAUGUAUGAUUUUAUUUAUAUGUAUGAAUUAUUAUUUCCAUUAAAAUUGUUUCAGUUCAUCCAGAAAUACAACAUUAAUAUCCGUUUGUAUUCGUGUUUCCUUGCUUAAAGCAAUUUUGUAAUGGUGUUUCCUUUUAUUCUGAAAAGAAGAAAAUGAGAUUGACACAAAAGAAAAAGUAACGUAAGAGUGCCUCCCGUAAUGACGAGUAACUGAAGUGCAAGCCAAAUUUUCACGAUUUUUUGCUUUUUAAACUUUUAAUAUUCCAUUUAACAGAGCUUAUUCACAUAUGUGUAAAAUAAAUUUAUUUAAAUUAGGUUAGCAUCUAAGCGUUUUAAUUGUCUAAUGUUUGUGCAAAAUGCAAACAUCUGUAAUUUUACCGCGAGGUCGACACUGAAACGAUUGAAGAAAUGUUAUGCAAUAUCAAAGGAGCAUGAACGCAAAUUGGAAUAUUCUUAAGAACUAGUUCCUCUGGAGGGUAAAAAUGCAGAUGUUUGGGGAUUUUGAAGUUCUCAUGUACAUUUACAUAUAUAUUUGUAUCAAUGUUAAAAUUACACGCUUAUAGUGAUAUUUACACAGUAUCUUAGUGUUAAAGUAAUUGUCCUAUUUGAAACUAAAAGCCACUGAGUAAAGUAUAGAAUUCAUUUUAAAUAUAAUAACGUCCUGACGCCAAAGGUCAGAGUAAAUAGGAAUAUUGAUAGUAGCAUAUACAAUAUUUGAUCAGUUUUUCAGCUUUUAUAUAACAAUGCAAUUAAACACAUAUACAUACUUAAAGUAAUACUAUUCAAGUGCAUUAUGCAUUAGCCUUUAACCUUUGCUAUUGUACUAUAGCUUUUGCAUCCGAAUUAUGAACCAUAAAGUGCUUAUAAUAGGUGUAUAGAUUUUAUUAUGAAAAAAUGCAAAUGUUAUCAUUUAUUUUAACCAGAGAUCAUUUAUGUGUAUAUUAGUUUUUAAUAAAAUGAAUCAUAUUUUACUUACCCA